AUGGACAGGCUUUUCAACUAUGACCUGAGACGUCGAAUGACCAAGCUGGUUUGCACAACUCUUACCAUCGACUAUGAACUCGACCUGGGUGCAAAAACACAGCCACCAAUCAACAUUGAUGAUCUGCUUUCCUCUACCUAUCAUCUCAUCGCUCUGAGUACUUUGAGGAAGAUGAUGACCUCAACCACGGCGCGUCCUGGGACAUUGGUAGUGUCCUCUGGGUACAUGAGAAAAGGGAAGGAUGCUCUCAAAUGGAAAGAUAUUGAACUCUUCAUGGUCAAACACCCGGAAGAGCCGAGCUGUCAGACUCUUCUCAUGAGACGAGAUGAUAAUCUCGCCUUCUGCGCUAUCCAAGACAUCAUAGAAUAUGCCAUUGUCGAUGGUGCAUUCGCUAAUCAUCGGCUCAGCACUCCACUACACAUCGCAGAUAAUGUUAAAGAGAUACCCAUUUUCCGAAAGGCUGUGAAAGACUCCAAAGGCAACUGGGUAACUUCACCAACCGAAGCUUGGACAUACGAGGAUUUACGAGAAUAUGAGCUUGCUGCUGCUAAGUCAGCAGGGGAUGAAAAUCCAGGGUCCUUGUACAAGUAUCAGAAAGGAGCAGCUGCUAAUAUCAACCCAUCUGCCCCACAAGAACUAAGCGAUGCCAGAAAGCAAGAGGUUGAAAAAGACAAAGAGCUUAAUAACCUGAUUGCUCAUCAUGAUAAGCUUCGCGCCCAACUGAUUGCGAUACACCACCAACUUCAGAAAGGGAAACGCACGAAUCUCUACGGGGAGUUUAUAAAGGCGGGGAACAGAGUCAGGGCGCACAAGAAGAAGCUACUGAGAUCCGCAGAAGACGCGCAGCGUAAAGAGUUUUUUGGGGCUGUUGGAAACGUCAUUAUCAAGCAAAACUACCAAGGCAAGCCGAUUCAGUUCGAUCCGAAUUAUUAUUAUUAUUAUUAUUAUUAUUAUUCAUACACGCAUCUGUCAGCCCUAUAG